AGCGAGGGAGCCCCGGCCUUCUAAGCCCCAGGGCGAGACCAGUGCUGCCGCUGGGAGGCUGCUGCUUCUUCCAGGAGGAGGAGAAAGCUGGAGGCGCCGGGGAGUGGGUCCAGCCCGGGCAGCAGCAUGGGCUCCGAGUGGGACGUGGUGGUGGUCGGGGCCGGCCUCUCAGGUAUGUCAGCAGCCAAGCUGUUGUCUGAAUCCGGACUUAGGGUUGUGGUUUUAGAAGCACGGGAUAGAGUCGGGGGACGGACUCACACAAUUAGGAACAAGCAAGUGAAAUAUGUAGAUCUUGGUGGAUCCUACAUAGGACCUACACAGAAUCGAAUUCUGCGACUAGCUAAAGAACUUGGCAUAGAAACAUACAAAGUGAAUGUAGCUGAGCCUGGCAUCCUGCACAGAAACGGGAAGUCUUACCCACUCUAUGGUGCCUUUCCUUCAAUAUGGAAUCCGUUCGUGUAUCUAGAUAUUAAUAAUUUUUGGAGAACAAUGAAUGAAUUCGGUGAAAAGAUUCCUGCCGAAGCACCCUGGGAUGCACCAAAUGCUGAACAAUUGGACAAAAUGACAAUGAAAGAAUUUAUUGACAAACAUUGCUGGACAAAAACUACCAAGGAUUAUGCUACACACUUUGUGAAUGUCAACAUCACUGCUGAGACCCAUGAAGUCUCUGCUCUCUGGUUUUUGUGGUAUGUGAAGCUGAGUGGGGGAACUACCAGGAUGUCUUCUAUAACAAAUGGAGGGCUGGAGAGGAAGUUUGUUGGGGGUUCUGGACAAAUUGCUGAAAAAAUGAUGGAACAACUCAAAGAUAGUGUUAAACUGGGGAGACCAGUAAUUAGCAUUGAUCAGUCAGGUGACAGUGUUAUUGUGGAGACAUUGAACCAUGAGAUAUAUAAGGGCAGGUAUGUGAUCAGCGCCAUUCCACCUCUUUUAACCACAAAGAUCCAUUUCAAGCCAGAAUUGCCUACAAAAAGAAACCAGUUGAUCCAACGUAUUCCAAAGGGCUCUGUGAUUAAAAACAUGAUGUUCUACAAAGAAGCUUUCUGGAGAAAACUGGGAUGCUGUGGUGCCAUGAUGAUUUUGGAUGAGGAAGCUCCAGUUUCAGCAGCCUUAGAUGAUACUAAACCAGAUGAGUCUGAGCCUGCCAUUAUGGGCUUUAUUGUUGCACGAAAAGCAUUUAAACUAACAGAGCUUAGCAAAGAAGAGAGAAAUAAAAAAAUAUGUGAACUGUAUGCAAAAGUGUUGGGAACAAAAGAAGCAUUACAUCCUGUGCAUUAUGAAGAAAAGAACUGGAGUGAAGAGCAAUAUUCUGGUGGCUGUAUAGCCUAUCUUCCACCUGGUGUAAUGUCCCAAUCUGGAAGGAUAAUUCGUCAACCAGCAGGUAGGAUCUACUUUGCUGGCACUGAGACAGCUACACAGUGGACUGGUGCCAUGGAAGGGGCAGUACAGGCUGGCGAGAGAGCUGCUAGAGAGAUACUGUGCAGCAUGGGAAAGAUUUCAAAGAAUGAAAUUUGGGUCACGGAACCAGAAUCAAAGGAUGUUCCAGCUCUCCCCAUCACAACUACAUUUUUGGAAAGGAACUUGCCAUCAGUCCCAGGACUCCUAGUCUUUCUGGGGUUGUCUACUUUCUUCACCUCACUGGCCACAGCUGGACUUUUUGCCUAUAAGAAGGGACUUAUCUCUCGAGAAUAUAUCUGAAAUAACAGUUUGUAUUCUCUUCCCAUCUUCAUGCCGUGGAUGUUGUUUUUGGAGAUGAGUCAUUCAGACCCUCUUUGGGACACCUGAAUCAACACAGCCAACCCAAUUGAAUCCAUGCCCCAUGGAGUAAGUGAGGGUUUUAUUUUCUUUCCUCACUGACUUUGCUUGAUUGAAAGUCAGUGACCUUUCUCCCCACUGCACCCUAUCCAUCCCCCUGAUACGUAAUGAGUACAAAGUAGAACAGAUUUUGCAAAUUUUUCAGUGCCUUUGGAAAGCUUCCAUUUGUCAUAAUAUUUUUUAAAUUAAAUUUUAUUAGUUUAAAAAGAAAAAUACAGUAUAGUAAUUGACAUAUAUACAACUUUCUAUAUUAUAGUUAUAUGUUAGUUUUGUAUAAAUCAACUAUUCCAAAUAAAUAUAUUUAGCAUUUCUGUUGACAAUAUUAACCUUCUAAUAGGAAAAAAAAACCUAUAAAGGGUGAUCAUCAUUUUCUUUCUUCUCUUUCUAUAUUUUUCUACACAACUUCUUUUUAACUUAGUCAUAUUAAUUAUUUUGAUUGGCUCAAAAAAUACAAAGCUUGAACUCAAUACAAACGCUCAUGAAAAUAAAACUGUGUGAAUACAAA